CCUAGUAAAACCCUCAGUGUCUCUCAGGGUGUGUAGUCGCUGGACUGGAAAUGGCGUUCUUUUCUGUUCUUCGCAAGUCAGCUUCUUCUCUUAGGCAUUUUGCGGCUCAUCUGCUUAAGCCCCACCGUAAUUACCAUGCUCUGCCCUCCACUGCCAUCAUCAAUCAUACCCCUCGCGCUCGCAAUCCUUUGUACCUCCCUUGCUCUCAUUUCUCUUCUGCGCCAUUGAAGAAGUUCCCUUCUGAUGAGACUUUGCUUCGUGCCAUAGAAUCUGAAAUCCGUUACGCCGAGGAUACUGACGACCACGACAGGGUUGAAGACAAACCAAAUGAUUUUCCCUUUGAAAUUAUUGAUUGUCCGGGACAGCAGAUUAUAACACUCAGAAGAACAUACCAAGGUGAAGAUAUAAAGGUUGAGGUUCACAUGCCUGAUCUAGUUACUGGGGAAAAUGAGGAUGAUCGUGAUGAUGAUGAUAAUGACAGUGAAAGGGCCAAUCACUCGAACGUUCCUCUUGUAGUCAGUGUCUCUAAGAAGGAUGGACCCCUUCUAGAGUUUGGUUGUUUUGCUUACCCUGACGAGAUCACUAUUGAUAGCUUGACUGUGAAGAAUCCAGAAAACGCUGAGGAUAAAAUUCCUUAUGAGGGUCCAGACUUCCAAGAUAUGGAUGAGAACCUGCAAAAGGCCUUCCAUAAGUAUUUAGAAAUUAGAGGAAUCAAACCGAGAACAACUCAGUUCUUGCACGAGUACAUGAUCAACAAGGACAGCAGAGAAUACUUGGUGUGGAUGAAAAAGCUCAAAAAAUUUAUUGAAGCUUAAACUUUAAAAUCUUCUUUGGUACCUCAGCCGUUAUUCGAUGGACGUGUGAACCACAAUGCUGCAUUUUUAAUGAACUACAUUUGGAGUGGAAGAUAUUAGGUUUCCUAUUAUUGUUGUUUAUUCUAAUUAUGUCAUUUUUAUAAUAUUUUUGUUUUCUAGUUCUCACUCCCCUGGAGGGGUGCUUUAGUAAUUCAAGUAUUGACCAUGCUUGUUGCCCCCCUUAAAUUUGUUGGUACAUAAUAUUUUUUGGGAAUAAAUUACUAUUUUGAUUUC